UCUAUCAAAAUUUUGCCGCGCGGGUGCAAAUUUUGUUUACUUGUGAAUUUUAAUUUUUAUUGUUUCGAUUUGUAUUUUAUUGUAUUAUUACAAUUAAUUCAAGACGUGUAAAAUUGUAAAUUAGAAAACAUGGCCGAAGAGGAGCACUAUACCGAUAUAGAUAUCUCGGAUGUUAUUGAAGAUACAGAACAAUGUCUUGAUAGCGAGAAUCCGCUGAGUGAAGCUAUUGAAUCAGAAACUUUGAAUACGAUACAAGAUUCAGAGGUUUUAGGCUCUGAAGAUCAGCUAUUAGUAGAAAAGACCCAACAGAGUAAUAAAACUGAAAGUAUUAAAACAACAAGGUUACCUCUCUCAAGGAUAAAGCAAAUAAUGAAAAUGGAUCCUGAUGUGCACCUAGUACAGGCUGAUGCCGUGUUUUUAGUCGCUAAAGCUACAGAAAUGUUCUUAGAAACUAUAGCGAAGGAAACAUACACAUUCACAGCGACAAAGAAGAGGAAAACCAUAGCCAAGAAAGACCUGGACACAACCAUCAACAUGGUGGAUUGCUUGUGCUUUCUAGAAGGUGCUGUAGAUUUUUAGAUUACUUAGAAUGUAAAAGAUUAAAGGCACAUAUAGAAGACCAAAUUAUAGAGGCAA